AUGUCUAAGUCAGAAAUACCUCGAACAUAUACCUUGUUCAUAGUUCAUAAACCCAUCCAAGUGAUAAAUCCAGCAUUAGAAGAACUCGAUGCAGCUAAUCUGAGGAAGGAACUACGACAACAAAACCUCGGCUCGAAAAGAGCAAAAGCAGUUUUGAUAAACUGCCUAUGGGACGCUCUAAUAAAAAAAUCGAUCCAGAUGAGUUUGAUUUUCCGGAUCCUAGGGAACAAAAGCUUGCCAAAAAGAAUAGAAAUAUUGAUAAACAGACAGUCGAAUUAUAAAAAAAUAACUAACUGGACGUAUUUAACCGAAACAGAAGAAACAGCUAUAAAAAUCCUGAUAUCAGCUUAUUCAACUACCUACAAUUACAUUAGCAAUUGCAAGUCAAUCCUUCCUACGGAUGAUUUCAAUUGUGGUACAGGUGUUAAUCGUGAAUUAAUAUUUGCGACGCACGUUCUAACGUUCAAAAAGGUAGUUAUGGUAAUCGUGAAGAUGAUGAAGAAGAUGAAAAUGAAAGUUUUGAAAAUAUUGAAAAAGUUGUCAGUGGCAAAGAUAUUGACACUUUUGAUAUGCAGUAGGAUUACUACUCGGAUCUUUCUACCAGCAACUUGCCUGUUUUCAUUUCCAUUUUUUUUUAUUUUGAAAGAAAAAAAAAAGAUGAUGAAAAAGAUGAAAAAAAAAGAUGAUGACGACGAUGAAGGUUUUGAAAAUAUUGGAGAAAUUUGCAGUGACAAAGACAUUGAAACUUUUGACAAGCAGUGGGACUACCAUUUGGAUAUUCCUGCCAACAACUCGCCUGUUUUCAUUGAUAACAACGACAGGAGUAACAAUAAUAACAACAACGAUUUCAAUGCAAUAUUCACCAUCAAGUCAACUUUUGAUAAUUUGAAUAAUUGGGAGAGCAUUAAUCUAAAGAUCAACGAUGACAGUGAAGAUGAUUCUUAUGCUGAUGCAAAUAUUCAUACCGAAAACAAAUUGGUGACAGAUGAUGUUUCAAGUUUAGAGAAAACCCUUCUAGCAUGCUCUUGGAAUGAAAAUUUGAUCCUUGCCUACCUGGAUGACAUCAACGACGGCUUCAUUACUGAUAAAGAAGAAUUCUUUAUUGUUCCAUCAUAUUGUUAUUGUUUGAUCACCAGGAAAGAUGUGAACAACGAAUAUUACGAUAUGCAUCAGUUAUCCGACUUGCCAUCAUACAUUUGGUAA